AAUCACGCUUUAUAUCAUUUAAAAUGUGGGAAUAUCACUUUGGUUCCUCGACUGUGGAGGGGACUGGCUCACGACCAAAAACUUUACUCUCAAUCGAUCGUCGAUCAUGGCACCGCUCCUCUCUCUCCUCUGCGCCCUCUUCCUCCUCCUCAACCUUCGCGCCUCCGCUCGCCUCGUGUUCGAAGAAGGCUACACGGUGAGCACUGUCCUCGACGGCAACAAGCUCAAUGUCAACCCUCAUUUCAUCCUCCCCCGCUCCGACUCGUCCGAUUUCAUCGUUCUUGAUUCGGAAAAAAGUACCUUUUUCACCGUCACAUUUACCCCAUCCCAAGAGAGUGAGAUCAAGCGGUUAUCUGGCAACGAUUUGGGGUUUUCGGAUGGUGAUUUGGCCGCUGCCAUGUUUAACAAGCCGAAAAGCUUUGCAGUUGAUCUAAAAGGGAAUGUAUAUGUCGCUGACAAGGGCAAUCUUGCUAUAAGAAAGAUUAGCAAGUCAGGUGUGACCACUAUUGCUGGGGGUUCUAAAACACCAGGUCAUGCGGAUGGACCUGGACGAAAUGCAUCAUUCUCCCCUGAUUUUGAGCUGGCUUUUAUCCCUGAAAGAUGUGCUUUAAUGAUCUGUGAUCAUGGUCAUAAAUUGGUCCGCCAAAUUAACCUGAAGUCAGAGGAUUGUGCCAGCGGUUCUCAUUCUGAAUUAGGCAUGUCAACUUGGGCUUGGGCUUUGGCUCUGGGGGUUUGUUGCUCCUUACUUGGCUUGAUAAUCGGGUUUGUUGCUCGCCCAUAUCUAACUUCCCGUACAGGAAGGCUUCAACCCACUUUUGUUCAACGCGACAUGGAAGCAUUACCCAAUGAGUCAGGGGAGACAAACACUGAUGAUCUGCUCAGACGUCAGAAACGCAAUUGUUAGCUCACCACUUUACCUGGUUUUGAGGAGCUUCAUCAUGUUAAGCUUAUCUCAACUGUCUCUAAUGUUUAGGAUAAAAACAGUAGAACCCCGAGUUUCACAAAAGACGUCUGUUUCUCUUUUAGAUUCUGAUGUUGUAGAAAGCAAAGAGAUAACCAAGUCUCAAAUGUUUGAUGAACAAUUAAAGGAUUUGAUGACUUUCGAUGGAGUGGUUGAACUGCCUGAGUCUGCUGACAAAAUAUUUGAGCAAGGCGAUGACAAUGGAAACAAAAACCAUGUUAUGUCUGAAGGCCAUCAAAGGGUAGACUAUAUGAUACAUGCUAAUAUAAGGGGUUUUGAGGAGCAGGGUAAAGGCGUCGCCGUGGAAGCCCUGGUGAGUAGUAGUUCAGGUUUAGUGAAGAGGAGAUGAAAUAUUGAAGGAAGCUCUUUCUUUCUGUGCGACUUCCCCAUUCUUCCUAUCCACAACUGUUGUGUAUGUGUGUAAGGAUGGCUAUGUGUGUAACCUUGACUUGUUAACAUUUCGUAUCUACAUUAUCAUUUCGUGUU